AUGUCUCUGUCCAUCCCGGAAAAAUGCACUGUCCUUGUGAUAGGGGCUGGGCCAGGGGGCUCCUACACGGCCUCUGUUCUAGCUCGUGAGGGCAUAGAUGUGGUAGUUCUGGAGGCAGACAAGUUCCCCAGGUACCACAUCGGUGAGAGUAUGCUGGCCUCGAUGCGCCAUUUGCUCAAGUUUGUGGAGCUGGACUCCAAGUUUGACGCGUACGGGUUCGUCAAGAAGCCCGGCGCGGCCUUCAAGCUGAACAAGAACAAGCGUGAGGGCUACACCGAUUUCUUGGCUGCUGGCGGCCCCAACAACUAUGCUUGGAACGUGGUGCGGUCCGAGGCCGACGACCUCAUGUUCCGCCACGCCGGCGAGAUGGGAGCCAAGAUCUUUGACGGUGUCUCGGUCAAGUCGAUCGAGUUUGAGGAUGCCACUCAGGUACCAGAUGACCAGCCAAACCUCAUGCCCGGUCGCCCGGUCGCUGCCACCUACCAGGUCAAGGAGACCAAGGAAAGUGGCCGGAUUGCCUUUGACUAUGUGGUCGAUGCCAGCGGCCGUAUCGGAAUCCUUAGUACUAAGUACAUGAAGAAUCGCCGAUAUAACCAGGGCCUCAAGAACGUUGCCAACUGGGGCUACUGGGAGGGGUGUAACAAGUAUGCUCCAGGCACGACGAGGGAGAACUCGCCAUUCUUCGAGGCCCUGCAAGAUGAAAGCGGUUGGGCCUGGUUCAUUCCCCUGCACAACGGCACUGUCUCUGUCGGUGUCGUAAUGAACCAGAAACUGGCAACGAUCAAGAAGCGGGAGAAGGCCCUGGAUUCCUCCGAGUUCUACCAUGAGUCACUCAAGCUGGCACCCAACUUGCUUGCUCUCAUAGGCGAGGGCCGCUUCGUCAGCAGCAUCAAGAGCGCUUCCGACUAUUCGUACAGCGCCUCGUCGUACGCAUUCCCUCAUGCCCGCAUUGUCGGUGACGCCGGUUGCUUCAUCGACCCCUACUUCUCCUCGGGCGUCCACCUCGCGCUGACGGGCGGCCUCUCGGCGGCCACCACCAUCUGCGCUUCCAUCCGCGGCCACUGCAGCGAGUCCGAUGCCGCCGAAUGGCACAGUAAGAAGGUCUCGGACGCCUACACCCGUUUCCUUCUUGUUGUCCUGAGCGCCUACAAGCAGAUCCGCCACCAAGAAGAACCUGUGCUGAGCGACUUUGACGAGGACAACUUUGACCGCGCCUUUGCCUUCUUCAGGCCCAUCAUCCAGGGCACAGCUGACGCCCACAACAACAAGCUCUCCCAAGAGGAGCUCAACAAGACGCUGGAGUUCUGCGCGUACGCCUUCGAGCCCAUCUCGUCGGAUGCAGAUCGCGAAAAGGCCAUGAAGGAGGCAGCCGAAAACGGCACGGGCUACAACCCGGAUCUUUCACCCGAGCAGGAGCGCGCUGUCAAGCACAUCCGCGCUCGCAAGAUGAUGCGCACUGAGGACACCAUCAACAUGAACAGCUUUGGUACCGACGCCAUUGCUGGAUAUGUGCCGAUUGUGGUCAGGGGUGCUUUGGGUUUGAAGAAGCAGGCCGUAAACGGUACUAACGUUGUUACCGAUAACUUCGAUGAUUCCGCCUACUUUUCUCUCCACUAG